AUGAAGGGCAUUGGCCGCCAGUCGUUUCUCGUCGUCUUCGACUUUGACCACACCAUUGUGGAUUGCAACACCGAUGUGGUCAUCCCAGCUGCGCUAGGUCGGCGCGACAUGCAGCACCGCCUCAUGCUGGAAGAGGAUCGAAUGCAGUGGACGAAGCUGAUGGACACCAUCAUUGCGCCUUUCCACAAAGACGAGCUGAAGAAGGCGGCACACGACGCUGUUACCAUCGACCCGGCGAUGCCCGAGGUCUUUCGGUAUCUGGUAGACGCCCAGAGGCAGUACGCGCAUCGCCAGGCGACGCCUGUUUCGAUGUCGCCUGACGAUGCGCGCACUGCCUCUGUGCAGGACAACAUGCCGGGUUUUCUUGAGAUGAACAUUGCCAGCGACGCGAACCUUCUCUUCAUCGAGGCAGCCCUCGACGCGCGCUUCCCGGGCCUGAAGGCGCGUGUUUCGCAGAUCCACAGCAACCCCUACUACGACCUGACCGCGCCUGGCGUGCUCCAGGACGCCGGCUUGGACAUGUACUACGGCGUGGACCGGCCGGCCGGCCGCCUCAACGUGAACGAUGAGGCGGAGCGUGACGCAGCGCACAACCAAGGCAUGACGCGCAAGUCGCGCGUGUCCUGGUACGAGCCGUACGGUCAUCAGUGCCAGUGCUGCCUCGCAGGCGGCAAGCCGAACAUGUGCAAGUCGAUCAUCAUCGAACGUCUACUGCAGACCACGUCGCUUAUUGACCCCACCAUCAUCUUCAUUGGCGAUGGCGCGAACGACUACUGCCCAGUGCUGAACGUGCUGCGGCCGCGCGACUACAUGUUCGCCCGCAGAGACUUUCCGAUUCGUCACAUUCUUGCCGGCACGUUGCACCCCACCUUGAGCAAGGACGGUGCCCCCGGAGAUGUCGGCGGGUGUUGCCACAUUGGCCUCUGGAAGGACGCUGCGGAGCUGCGGGGGCUUUUCCAGCUCGCCAUGGAGCACCCCGGGGCGCGACUCCCGACACUCGUGCGGUUCCGCGAUGUGGCUGCCAAGGAGUUCCGCUCCGUCACGAUUGCCAAGCGCAUUCCUUCCGUUUUAAAGCGCACCUUUGAGGAGCUGAGCAACGCGUCUGGGAUCUCUGAGAAGGGCCGCCAGUGCAUCGUCGAACUCAUGCGGGAUGCGGAGGCGAACAGCAGGGUGCCGCCGCUGCCGGGUCAGGCAUGCGUGCCAGCGUGGCUGCGUAACUACGCGUACGUCUCCGAGUACGACAACGUCAACGCCGAUGACGUGGCACGGCGAGUGAGCCCGGCAGCGGAGGGGAAGGAGCAUCUGAUCGCGCCGCGCUGGGGCCAGGUGCCGUGGCUGCAUGGGGAGAUCUACUUCUACCAUCUGAUGUGGCAGUAUUUCAUGAUGCAGGACACCGCCGAGGGGGCAGUGGAAGAGGAUGCGACGGCAACCACGGAGACGGCGUUCACCUUCAACGUUGUCACUCAGCACGCCGUGCACAACCCGCUCUUCUCGCAGGAGUGCCGCGUUACGUCGACGCUGGGAGUGAUCAGCCCGCCGGUGAUAGUGAUGCAGAGCGCACGGGACGUGGCACCACUGGUGUGCAGGCCUGCCUCGAUCGCCGACGGUGUUAUUGCACAACGCGUGCAAUUCGGCAGCGAUGGACCUGCUAAGCAGCUGCCAUACAUGGAGAUGGUGCGGCAGCCGAGCGGCUGCGUCAUCCCACCAGCUGCGACAUUUUUCUCCCAGUACCGCGACAUCUUUGCUCGCGAGAAGCACGAUGUCUUGAUGAACUUCUUGAAAGUGCGCGUGGUGCCAAUGCUGGCAUGCCAGCCAUGGGGUGCCGACCGCGACUACGGCGGCAUCUUGCUGCGGUGGAUGCUGUGGGGCAACGGCAUCGAUCUCUCCAUGUUCACGCUCGAUCAGCUGGCCAGCUCGCACGGCAAGGCUGAGGGCAGCGAUGAGGCGUCGCACAGCGGCGACUUGGCGGCUCUGCGGGAGGUGGAGAAGGCCGCGUCAUUGGCGCAGGAUGCGAACCUCGUUGGGAACGAGGUGGCUAAGGUGGUGGCCCACCUGCAGCGGCUGCUCGACCCCGACGAUGCUUGCAACGGCACUCGCCAGGUGGACAUCGUCAUGGACAACGUAGGCGUCGAGUGCAUAGCCGACCUGUGCUUUGGCUUGUGGUAUGUGAACCAGGCCGCCAGGCUUGGUGCUGCGGCUGCUGCCGGCAGCGCGCGUGUUGUUUAUCAUGUCAAGUCGAUGCCGUACUACGUCUCCGACGUGACACCGCGCGACUUUGACCUUACCCUAGCCCAGCUAGAGGGCACCUACACGAACGAGGCCUUUGAGCCGGAUUCGACGAAGCGGCAGACGCUGAAGGCCGUGCUGGAGCCAUUCAUUGCACAGGUGCGCGACUGCUUCGCACGUGGCGUCUUCGCUGUCGAUGCCGACACUGUGUGGACGCAGCCGUCCGAGUACCGCGACCUGCCGCCACGUGUGAUGAACCGGUACUUCUUCACCCAGAAGAUCUCGGCACCGGCCCUUGCUGAUGAUGCUGCCGCGACGACGGCGGGGUCGGGUGUAGCUGCGGCUCUGGCCGACACGGCUUGUCCUGCCUCCUCAGCGGCCGGGCCCCACUGCAUGAGCAAGACGCACGUCCAGGCCCGCAGCGGCUUGGUGCUGUUCAAGGGCGACCUGAACUACCGCCGGCUGAUCGGCGACCGCUACUGGGACCGCACAGACUUUCUCACAGCGCUAGCGAAGGAGGAGAAGCCUGACUUGCGCAGGAUGCCGGAGAAGUACAGUGCAGCGGAGCAGGCUAUCGUGGCAGAGCUGACGCAAGACACACCGACAUCCGCGCUGAUGGACUCACCGACAUUCGCCGAGGUGAUGGCGGCAUACUGGCCAACACAGGCCGUUCCAGUGUGCUCGAUCCGCACGAUCAAGAGCGAGUGCUGUCUCGGCGUGCCUGGCGACCUGAAGACGAGGCUGGACCAGGAGGUUGGACUGUCGUGGCGCAUCAGCGGCAAGUAUGGCGUGAUUCUCUUCGCUUGCGGAGAGCAGUAG